CAUCUGUCUCUCUUUUUCUCGCACACAUACACAUACUCUCUCUCUCUUUCGCUCAUUUCGCGCUUGCACACAUCCAGCACCACACACACACACACACACACACACACACAAUUUCCUUGGCUUUCCUUCAACCUUCUCACCACUGAGAAAGUGAGUGUACAGUGGAUGACAUGCACAGUCUACACUCGACUGAUGAGGAUUUUAAGUGGAUACGUCACAAAUAAGAAGACGUGGAAGAGGGAGGGACGGAGAAGAAGAGAGCAAGGCAUGAACAGAGAAAGAGAGAGAGAGACAGGAAUAUAUUGACUCAAAGCUGGUCUUCAUGGUCCUUAGUGUGUAUAUAUGUGUAUGAGAGGCAGGCGUGAGAGCAGUUGAGAUGGAGUACUGGCACAGAUGAAGACUGCCACUGGUCCCAUUCAACAGCCCACAUGAGUGUCUCCAAACCACCACCGCCGCCGUCCACCUCUCACCUGACCAUCCCUCCUUCCUCUUCCUCCACGCCCUCGUCAUCCGCUUCCUCCCCCUCGGCCACACCCCACUCCUCGGCCCUGCCCCCUCCGUCGCCCGUCAAGAUUUCUAUGCAGGAGCACUUUGCUAUCAACGUGUGCCCGGGCCCCAUCCUCCCUAUACCACAGAUCUCGGAUUUCUUCCCACGUUUCCACGACUACCCCUGCACACCGCCACCUCCGCGGGAGAAGAAAAUCCUCAAAGAGGAGACAUUCAAUGGGGACAUGGGCGUAGGCUACAAGGAUGGAGAGAAGCGAGCGGACAACUGCGGGGACCGAGAGGAAGUAGCUGACUCUGAUGAUGACGACACCUAUUUGGGGACACUGGAGUUCACCCUGCUCUUUGAUCAGGAGAACAACUGCCUUCACUGUACCAUUCACAAGGCAAAGGGACUGAAAGCCAUGGACUCCAAUGGGCUGGCUGAUCCAUACGUCAAGCUUCAUCUUCUGCCAGGGGCUAGCAAGGCAAACAAGUUACGCACAAAGACCCUGAAGAACACACUAAACCCGAUUUGGAAUGAGACUCUGAUUUAUCAUGGAAUCACAGCGGCAGAUAUGACCACCAAAACACUCAGGCUGUGUGUAUGUGACAUGGACAGACUGGGACGGAAUGAAUUCAUCGGCGAGGUGAGAGUGGCUCUGAAGAAGCUCAGAGAGGGAGAGAACAAACGCUACAAUAUGGGUUUAGAGAGAAUUGCACAUAAUAAAGAAUCGAACAAUCAAGCUGUGGAGCAGGGAGCGCUUACUGCAGAGGAGGAGCGUGGUCGUAUCCUGGUGUCACUGUGCUAUAACACAGAGAAGGGCUGCCUGCUGGUUGGAAUCAUACGCUGCGCCCAUCUGGCCGCCAUGGACUCGAACGGCUACUCUGACCCCUUUGUCAAAAUCAUCUUGCAGCCCGACAUGGGAAAAAAGUCCAAAUACAAGACAUCUGUGAAGAAAAAGACUCUCAACCCUGAAUUCAAUGAGGAGUUCUCCUACGAGGUGACUCUGGACCAGCUCGCUAAGAAAACCCUGGAGAUCUCUGUGUGGGACUACGACCUGGGAAUGAGUAACGACUUCAUAGGUGGCGUCGAGCUGGGCAUCAAUGCGAGCGGACAGAGACUCAGACACUGGUUCGAGUGUCUCAAAAACAAAGGGAAGAAAGUGGAAUACUGGCAUACGCUCACACAGCAAGGAGCCCCCAGCAGUGACAAACCGGACUAGACGUUGACACACACACAACACACACACACACACACACAUUUAUCCCCCGCAAAGAAAUCAAGAGAAAAUAAUAAAAAAUGCAAUAAUACCAAUGUGUUGAAUAUGAAAUGCAUCAUUGAAUGCAUAUUAUUCUAAACUAAUAUCCAUACUGACAUCAGUGAUGUUAAUACGGUGUGGUGUUUAUUUCUUUAUUUACUUUUGAAGGUAGACCAAACUGUCCUCAUACGUGUAACAAAGGGAUGCACGCAAAGUUGUCCUUUUUAGACAUCGUGGAAGUCACUCGUCGUCCAAACUAAUGAAGAAAUGCAUGAAUGAGGCCAACAUCCCCGUAACGGCAACUCUAUUGUCAAUACAACAAUGUUAACUUGUUGUGCUCACAUCAUUGUUACAUCAUGAUAUAAAGCACAAAGUGAUCAUGUCAGUGUUUUUAACUCUUUGUCUGUCUUUCAUUGUCUUUGUGACUGACUCGGUCGUCUGUCUAUGCGUGCGGUGCAUGUGUGUCUCAAGCGGGCAGUGGGAACUUGAGUGCCUCGAUUUUCUGUGCGUGCAGCAGCUGUUUUCACAUUGUGUCCCAUUACGAAUAUCACAACUGAACUUUUGAGAAGCACAGUACUUGUGUGCGUGUGUGUGUGUGUGUGUGAGCGAGAGAGAGAGGAAACAAACAAAAAAAAGGACAAGAAAGCAGUGUCGCAGAUACCCAUUCUAGCUGCAGUGGCAUGUUUGUUCCUGGAUGGAAGACAAUGACACUGUGUUAUGUGUUGUAUCAUUGCCUCACAGUCACACAUAAACACAACAUUGGGUACACUCUCUGAUAGAAAAUCUGUUUGGAGACCCGUCAAUCCCAGCCAAAGCUGUUUCGAAUUCCUUUUUUAAAAAAAAAACAACAAAAAAAAAAACAACAACCGUGUAUUGGCUGUCGUUAGAUUGUGUACCGAAUGGAGAGGGUGGUCAUAGUUUACAGUAUCUCACAAAAGUGACUACAUCCCUCACAUUACAGCUACCGUUUUAUCAUAUCUUCUAUAAAUCUAAUAUGUAUUGAGUCAUUGUGAGUGGAUUUCACAGUAAAACUGCAAUGCAUGCUAUACACGGACUACUCUAAAGCAUUGCGUCUCAGCUGGUGUAUUAACUCCAUGUUUACCUAUUUAGAUAUUGACCCUUGAGAAGAUGAAUACAAAUGGUAGCUGAAAUGUAAGGGGUGUAGUCACUUUUGCACGCUACUGUAUACAGUAUGUCUUGAUACCUUAGUGCAUUGACUUUGCUGCAUACUCAUGGUUGUGUUCCUUCGACUGUGCAAUAUCAAUCAAUAAAUGAUGCAACUUUUAUUUCACGCAGGCUAGUAAUUUAUCAAUUUCAGAAUGGGUCAUGUCACUUGAUUUAUGAGAAAGGGUUGCUUACAGCGCCUACAUACAUACAUCAUGGUACAAAACGCCCUUGAACAGGGUGAAAUCAACAUCUACCAUAAUUUAUGUCAUCACAUAUUUUCAUAAUACUGUCUUUAAUACUGUCUGAUACUGUCUUUAGUCUUUAAGUGGCAAAGAUGAUGCAAUGUCUUUCUGUGUAAAGAAACUACAAAACAAAUGAUUCCCGGCUGUUGUACAAGUUAAAUGCGUGCAUUGUAUACAAUGGUGGUUAUUUUGCAUGUUUAUCACAAUUAAAUGUUUCGGAUCAUUAAAAAAAUAAUAAUUUUAGUCAAUGACAACCCAACUGCACACAAAAAGUAUUUUUUAAAUGAAACCUUUUAUUAAAGAGGGAGAAAAAAUCCAAUCCAAACCUACAAGGUCCUGUGAAGAAGGGAUUGGCCCUUAAACCUAAUAACUGGUUGGCCCACCUUUUAACAGCAACAACUGCAAUCAAGUGUUUGUGAUCACUUACAAUGAGUCUCCUGCAGCGCUGUGGAGGAAUUUUGGCCCACAUUGGAGGGUUUCCUGCAGCAAAACAGCCCCAGAGCACCACACUACCACCACCAUAUUUUACUGUUGGUAUGAUGUCUUUCUAUGUAUUGAUGUAAUGGGACACACACCUUCCAAAAGGUUUAACUCUUUGUCUCAACCGACCACAUUAAAUUUCCCAAAUGUCUUGGGGAUCAUCAGGAUGUUUUCUGGCAGAAUUUAAGCAAACCUUAAUGUCCUUUUUUGUUCAGCAAAGGUUUUCAUUUUUCACUCUGUCAUGCAGGAUGUUUUUGACCAGUAUCUUUCUUAUGGUGGAGUCAUGAACACUGAUCUUAACUGAGGCGAGUGAGGCCUGCAGUUCUUUGAAUAUUGUUGUGGGGCCUUUUGUGACCUCUCGGGUGAGUCGUCCUUGGUUGGCUGGCCACUCCUGGGAAGGUUCACCACUGUUCCAUGUUUUUGCCAUUUAUGGUCAAUGGCUCUCGCUGUGGUUUGCUGGAGUCCCAAAGACGGCUUUUGCAGACUGAUCUAAAUUAAUCUCUAUUAAUAAUAACAUUUAUUUGAUGAUCUGAAACAUUUGAGUGUGACAAAUAUGCAAAGAAGUAAGAAACCAGGAAGAGGGCAGACACGUUUUCACACCACUGUAUGUGUGCAUGUGGGCUGCAUGUCCUGAGAGGAUAUCAUUUAUCACCACAGCUCUAACCAGGCUCUGGUCCAUGCCCACACGCCCACAGCGUGAGUUUCCAGUCCAAUCGAUCUCUCGAGUCCUUCGACAACCUUGUGAAUGUCUCGUUGUUGGCCACAGAAUGAAAAAGGGCUCCGGUUUCAACAAAAGCUAUGAACACAACUUUUAGACAACAGCUAGAUGGGCUUUGAGCCAAAAUGGUGGCUCUUUCUCUACUUUCUCUAUGCAGCAAAGCCUCUCAGUAUGACAGCAGUGAGAAAAUCAACACCAAAUUGACAUGGUUGUGAUGCUUUUUCAGCUCGCAUGCUUGGCUUUACAUGCAAUGUAGCUGCACGCUUAGCAAUAAUCAUCAGCUUGAAUAGUGGAGUGUGUGCUGAUGUGUUGACAGUACAUGCCAUCCAUCCUGCCAUCGGCCUUGUACAGUAUAUUUGUACAGUAUUGUCCCUUGAACGAUUCCAAGUAUUGAUAACACAGGCAGAGUUGAAGGAGGGAAUGAUAAUUCUGUUGUUUAUUAAUCGUAACAAUCACACAGUGUGACUGGCAUCAUGUGGUCAUGUUGUGUCACUACUUCUUAAAAUAAAGUGAAGCCGUUUCAGUGCUUGUCUGCCCUUCUU